AUGCCUUCACAACCCAAUGACCCACAUCCCACCAAUGACCCCUCACUUGAGGACUCCUCUGAUGACCAGGCCGAAAUGAUUCUGGCACCUGUAGACCAUCAAAGAACUGCCAAACAUGAUACCAACUCCUCUGACAAUUCUGAUACCAAUGACAGUGAACCAAAUGAACCUCUGCUUGAUCUUAACAACAUCAACAAAAUGAAUAUCAAUACACUCCAGAACUUUGUCACACAAUCCACCCUGCACAAACAAGCCAAGACCUUCUCAUACAAGCUACCCUCCAAGCACUGUGGUUUUCUCCAUGAAGUGACCCAACUCAAUGAUGUGCUAAAGGACACUCCAAAACUAACCACAAAGAACUGGUACACCUGGAACCCUCAUUUCUGGGACAUAUUGGGCUCAUGGUCCCUGGCCCUCAAGCAUCUCGACAGCACCACCAACCUGGCUGAUAAAAAGUACAACUGGAAGCUGGAUGCAAAACUCUGCAUGAUCAUCCAAAGCAAUGCCAAGCUCAUUGGCCAGGAUAAUGUGAACUACCUGUUCAUGCAACCCACAAAUGCCGAAUCCUGGAAGAUUCAUGAAUUAUAUGCCUGA